UGGAAUGGGCAGCCAUAUUAAAUCUAGUAAAUUAUUGUUUUUUUACAUAUCUAUAUCAAAACUGCAGAACUUUCCAGGACCACUGGAAACAAUACACUAUGGAUAAUUGGCAUGGACAAAGGAAAAGAACUUUUAUUAUUCCAGCUUGAAUUCUUUUGUGUACAUAACAGUAGAAGAAUGCAGAUGGAAAGUAGGACACCAGGAUCUUUCCGCAAUGACGGCUUGAAAGCUGCUGAUGUUCUUCCCAUACUAAAGGAAAAGGUGGCCUUUGUUUCAGGCGGCCGUGAUAAACGAGGAGGUCCCAUCCUGACUUUUCCAGCACGCAGCAAUCAUGACAGAAUAAGACAGGAAGAUCUUCGGAAACUUGUGACUUACUUGGCUAGCGUACCAAGUGAAGAUGUCUGCAAACGUGGUUUCACGGUCAUCAUUGAUAUGAGAGGCUCUAAGUGGGAUCUGAUCAAACCUCUCCUGAAGACUCUUCAGGAGGCCUUUCCUGCAGAAAUUCAUGUUGCCCUGAUAAUCAAGCCUGAUAACUUUUGGCAAAAGCAGAAGACAAAUUUUGGAAGUUCAAAAUUUAUCUUUGAGACAAGCAUGGUCUCCGUUGAAGGUUUAACAAAACUGGUUGAUCCCUCCCAACUAACAGAAGAGUUUGAAGGAACUCUGGAUUACAAUCAUGAUGAAUGGAUAGAGUUGAGAGUUUCCUUGGAAGAAUUUUUCAAUAGUGCCAUCCAUUUAUUAUCCAGGCUGGAGGACCUUCAGGAAAUGCUGGCUAGGAAGGAAUUUCCAGUGGAUGUGGAGGGUUCAAGAAGACUAAUAGACGAACAUACCCAGCUCAAGAAGAAAGUAAUCAAAGCUCCAGUGGAAGAAUUGGACCGUGAAGGUCAACGAUUAUUACAAUGCAUAAGAUGCAGUGAUGGUUUCUCUGGUAGGAACUGCAUUCCUGGCAGUGCAGAUUUCCAAAGUCUUGUGCCAAAGAUUACCAGUCUUUUAGAUAAGCUGCAUUCAACACGACAGCACUUGCAUCAGAUGUGGCAUGUCCGUAAACUGAAACUAGAUCAGUGCUUUCAACUUCGACUUUUUGAACAAGAUGCAGAAAAGAUGUUUGAUUGGAUCAGCCAUAACAAAGAGUUGUUCCUGCAGAGUCACACUGAAAUUGGAGUGAGCUAUCAACAUGCCCUUGAUUUACAGACACAACAUAAUCAUUUUGCUAUGAAUUCCAUGAAUGCCUAUGUGAAUAUCAAUCGCAUCAUGUCUGUUGCAUCCAGGCUUUCAGAAGCUGGCCAUUAUGCAUCUCAACAAAUUAAGCAGAUUUCCACACAGCUAGAUCAAGAGUGGAAGAGCUUUGCUGCAGCACUGGAUGAGCGUAGCACUAUACUGGCCAUGUCUGCUGUGUUUCACCAGAAGGCCGAACAGUUUCUGUCUGGUGUAGAUGCCUGGUGCAAAAUGUGCAGCGAAGGAGGUCUCCCCUCUGAAAUGCAAAACCUGGAAUUGGCCAUCCAUCAUCAUCAGUCCCUUUAUGAACAGGUCACUCAGGCUUACACUGAGGUAAGUCAGGAUGGCAAAGCUUUACUGGAUGUCCUGCAACGUCCCUUGAGUCCAGGAAACUCAGAAUCCCUCACGGCUACAGCAAAUUAUUCCAAGGCUGUUCACCAAGUUUUGGAUGUGGUCCACGAGGUCUUACAUCACCAGCGGCGCUUGGAGAGCAUCUGGCAACACAGGAAAGUUCGGUUACAUCAGCGGCUUCAACUUUGUGUUUUCCAACAAGAUGUUCAACAGGUCCUGGACUGGAUUGAAAACCAUGGGGAGGCCUUUCUUAGUAAACACACUGGAGUGGGAAAGUCUCUUCACAGAGCACGAGCUCUUCAGAAAAGGCAUGAUGAUUUUGAAGAAGUAGCACAGAAUACCUAUACUAAUGCAGACAAGCUACUGGAAGCAGCAGAGCAACUGGCCCAGACUGGGGAAUGUGAUCCUGAAGAGAUUUACAAAGCAGCACGGCAUCUAGAAGUCCGGAUUCAGGACUUCGUUAGGAGAGUGGAACAGAGGAAACUUCUUUUGGAUAUGUCUGUCUCCUUCCAUACUCAUACCAAAGAGCUGUGGACAUGGAUGGAAGACCUGCAGAAGGAGCUCUUGGAAGACGUCUGUGCUGACUCCGUAGAUGCCGUUCAGGAACUCAUAAAGCAGUUCCAGCAGCAGCAAACAGCUACUCUGGAUGCCACUCUCAAUGUCAUCAAAGAAGGGGAAGAUCUAAUCCAGCAGCUCAGAGAUUCGGCGGUCUCUAACAAUAAAACACCACAUAAUAGUUCCAUCAGCCACAUUGAGUCUGUCCUCCAACAGCUUGAUGAAGCUCAGGUACAGAUGGAGGAGCUCUUCCAUGAAAGGAAAAUUAAGCUGGAUAUUUUUCUUCAGCUCCGGAUUUUUGAACAGUACACUAUUGAGGUGACCGCUGAAUUAGAUGCCUGGAAUGAGGAUUUACUGCGUCAAAUGAAUGAUUUCAAUACCGAGGAUCUCACUUUGGCUGAACAACGGCUGCAGCGGCAUACAGAGAGGAAGAUGGCUAUGAACAAUAUGACCGUUGAGGUCAUUCAGCAAGGGCAAGAUUUGCACCAGUACAUCAUGGAAGUGCAAGCUUCAGGCAUCGAACUGAUCUGUGAAAAGGACAUCGAUCUAGCAAUCCAAGUGCAAGAGCUGCUGGAAUUUCUUCAUGAGAAACAGCACGAAUUGGAGCUGAAUGCUGAUCAGACGCACAAACGGCUCGAGCAGUGCCUUCAGCUUCGGCACCUGCAGGCAGAGGUUAAGCAGGUCCUUGGCUGGAUCCGUAAUGGAGAAUCAAUGCUCAACGCCAGUCUUGUCAAUGCAAGUUCCUUGUCAGAGGCUGAGCAGCUCCAAAGAGAGCACGAGCAAUUUCAGCUGGCCAUAGAGUCCCUCUUUCAUGCCACUUCCUUGCAGAAGACACACCAGAGUGCUCUCCAGGUACAGCAAAAGGCAGAGGUGUUACUGCAGGCCGGCCAUUACGAUGCUGAUGCCAUCCGGGAAUGUGCGGAAAAAGUGGCCUUGCAUUGGCAGCAACUCAUGCUAAAGAUGGAGGACCGGCUAAAACUGGUCAAUGCCUCUGUUGCUUUCUAUAAAACUUCAGAGCAGGUUUGCAGUGUGCUGGAGAGUUUGGAGCAAGAAUAUCGAAGAGAUGAAGACUGGUGUGGAGGUCGGGAUAAGCUGGGACCGUCCUCUGAGAUAGAUCAUGUUAUUCCCUUAAUCAGCAAACAUCUGGAACAGAAAGAAGCCUUUCUCAAGGCAUGCACACUAGCACGAAGGAAUGCAGAAGUGUUUCUCAAGUACAUUCAUCGAAACAACGUCAGCAUGCCAGGAGUAGUGAGCCAUACCAGGGGUCCUGAACAGCAAGUGAAAGCCAUUCUGAGUGAGCUGCUGCAGAGGGAAAAUCGUGUUCUUCAUUUUUGGACUUUGAAGAAAAGGCGACUGGAUCAGUGUCAGCAAUAUGUAGUCUUUGAGCGCAGUGCAAAGCAGGCCUUGGAUUGGAUUCAGGAAACAGGAGAAUAUUAUCUCUCUACUCACACUUCCACUGGAGAAUCAGCAGAUGAAACACAGGAACUUUUGAAAGAAUAUGGAGAAUUCAAAGCACCUGCCAAGCAAACCAAAGAGAAAGUGAAGCUUCUCAUUCAGCUGGCCGAUAGCUUCGUGGAGAAAGGACACACACACGCCACAGAAAUUAGGAAAUGGGUUACUACGGUUGACAAGUGCUAUCGGGAUUUUUCACUGAGAAUGGGGAAGUACCGCUACACUUUGGAAAAAGCUCUUGGGAUCAAUACAGAGGAUAAUAAAGACCUGGAGCUGGACAUCAUUCCAGCAAGUCUGUCUGAUCGUGAAGUAAGGCUACGUGAUGCCAGUCAUGAAGCCAAUGAAGAAAAGAGAAAGUCAGCCAGGAAAAAAGAGUUCAUCAUGGCUGAAUUACUUCAGACAGAGAAGGCCUACGUUAGGGACCUGCAUGAAUGUUUAGAGACCUAUCUUUGGGAAAUGACAAGUGGAGUAGAGGAGAUACCGCCAGGGAUUCUGAACAAGGAACACAUAAUAUUUGGAAACAUCCAGGAGAUAUAUGACUUUCAUAACAAUAUUUUUCUGAAAGAACUGGAAAAAUACGAACAACUUCCUGAAGAUGUUGGUCACUGCUUUGUCACCUGGGCGGAUAAGUUUCAGAUGUAUGUUACCUAUUGUAAAAACAAACCUGAUUCCAGCCAAUUGAUCCUAGAGCAUGCAGGAACAUUCUUUGAAGAAAUUCAACAAAGGCAUGGUUUGGCCAACUCCAUUUCCUCAUAUCUGAUCAAACCUGUCCAGAGGAUUACAAAGUAUCAGCUUUUAUUAAAGGAGCUUUUAACAUGCUGUGAAGAAGGAAAAGGAGAACUCAAGGAUGGUUUGGAAGUGAUGCUCAGUGUCCCUAAGAAAGCCAAUGAUGCCAUGCAUGUAAGCAUGCUGGAAGGAUUUGAUGAAAAUUUGGAUGUUCAGGGAGAACUGAUUCUUCAGGAUUCGUUCCAAGUAUGGGAUCCUAAAUCUCUCAUCCGGAAGGGUCGUGAGAGACAUUUGUUUCUCUUUGAAAUCUCUCUAGUUUUCAGCAAAGAAAUAAAAGAUUCUACAGGACAUACUAAAUAUGUUUACAAGAACAAAUUACUGACCUCAGAACUGGGAGUAACAGAGCAUGUGGAAGGAGAUCCAUGCAAGUUUGCCUUGUGGUCUGGACGGACUCCCUCUUCGGAUAACAAAACAGUGUUAAAAGCAACCAGUAUUGAAACUAAACAAGAAUGGAUUAAAAAUAUUCGAGAAGUGAUACAAGAAAGAAUUAUACAUUUAAAAGGAGCUUUGAAAGAGCCAAUCCAGCUCCCUAAAACCCCUGCAAAGCAAAGAAACAACAGUAAGAGAGAGGGAGGUGAAGAUGCUGACAGCCAAGGAGAUGGGAGUAGUCAGCCUGACACAAUUUCAAUUGCAUCCAGGACUUCUCAGAAUACAGUAGACAGUGACAAGCUGUCUGGAGGAUGUGAACUAACUGUGGUGCUGCAAGACUUUGUUGCCAGUCACAGCAGUGAACUGAGUAUUCUGGUGGGACAGACUGUGGAGUUACUCGAAAGGCCAAGUGAACGGCCAGGCUGGUGUCUGGUGCGGACCACAGAAAGGAGUCCACCUCAAGAAGGUCUGGUCCCCAGCAGUGCUCUCUGCAUCUCCCAUUCCCGGAGCAGUGUAGAAAUGGACUGCUUCUUCCCAUCAGGAAAAGAUGCCUAUUCCACCUCUUCCAACGAAAAUGGAGCAAAAUCUGAUUCUGUGGCUAAUUUGCAGCCCCACACGUCCCUUAAUUCCAUCCAGAGCUCCCCUGGUCCAAAGCGUUCAACCAAUACCCUGAAAAAAUGGCUAACAAGUCCUGUACGUCGACUGAACAGUGGGAAAGCUGACAGCAACAUCAAAAAACAGAAGAAAGUACGUGAAGGAAGGAAGAGCUUUGACCUAGGUUCCCCCAAGCCUGGAGAUGAAACCACACCUCAGGGAGACAGUGCCGAUGAGAAGAGCAAGAAAGGGUGGGGCGAAGAUGAACCAGAUGAAGAAUCUCAUACACCACUUCCUCCUCCAAUGAAGAUUUUUGAUAAUGAUCCUACACAAGAUGAGAUGUCUUCCUCUUUGCUAGCUUCUCGACAGACCAGCUCUGAUGUCCCAACUGCUGCGGAUCUUGUCAGUGCAAUAGAAAAAUUGGUCAAAAGCAAGCUGACAUUGGAAGGGGGCUCCUAUCGAGGAAGCUUAAAGGAUAGUACUGGAUGCUUGAAUGAAAUUGUGACACCUUCAACCCCUCCUUCAAGAAACCUCGAAGAGGAACAAAAGGCCAAAGCUAUGAGAGGCAGGAUGUUUGUUCUAAAUGAACUGAUACAAACAGAGAAAGACUAUGUCAAGGACUUAGGAACUGUGGUGGAGGGAUUUAUGAAAAGAAUAGAAGAAAAAGGUGUUCCUGAAGAUAUGAAAGGAAAAGACAAGAUUGUAUUUGGAAACAUUCAUCAGAUCUAUGAUUGGCACAAAGACUUUUUUCUUACUGAACUGGAAAAGUGCCUUCAGGAACAUGACCGUUUAGCACAGCUCUUCAUCAAACAUGAAAGGCGAUUACACAUGUAUGUAGUAUACUGUCAAAACAAACCAAAAUCAGAAUACAUUGUAGCUGAAUGUGGUACAUAUUUUGAGGAAGUGCAACAAGAAAUAAACCAGCGGUUAACUCUCAGCGACUUCUUAAUUAAGCCCAUUCAAAGAAUAACCAAGUAUCAGUUGCUUCUCAAGGAUUUCUUGAAAUAUAGUGAAAAGGCUGGAUUGGAUUGCUUGGAAAUAGAGAAAGCUGUAGAGUUGAUGUGCCUUGUUCCUAAACGCUGCAAUGACAUGAUGAAUCUGGGACGACUGCAGGGCUUUGAGGGCAAGCUGGCAGCUCAAGGGAAAUUGUUGCAGCAGGAUACAUUCUAUGUAACAGAGCAGGACUCUGGAGGGUUGUCUCGGCCAAAAGAACGCAGAGUUUUCCUCUUUGAGCAAAUAGUCAUCUUUAGUGAACUACUUAGGAAAGGCUCCUUAACACCUGGGUACCUGUUUAAGCGGAGCAUAAAGAUGACAUAUCUAAUACUUGAGGACAAUGUGGACAACGAUCCUUGCAAAUUUGCUCUCAUGAAUCGGGAAACAUCAGAACGGUUCAUAUUGCAAUCUGCCAAUCCUGAAAUCCAACAAGGUUGGGUACAGGAUAUCAGUCAAGUACUUGAUACACAGAGGGACUUCUUAAAUGCAUUACAGUCUCCAAUAGAGUAUCAGCGUAAAGAAAGCAGCAGUUCAGCUGUAAUGAGACCCCAAACCAGCCGGGCACCUCAGCCCAUCACCAGACCCUAUUCCUCAGGACCUGUAGGAUCUGAUAAAACUUCAAAGGCUACAAUGCGCAACCCAUCUCUUCCACUUCUGAAGAUAUCUACCUCCAAUGGUAACACAGGGCAUGAACAGUAUCAGCCUGAGGACAGAUAUGAACAGAGCAAGAAUGACUUGGGUGGGUGCAAUGGAACCUCUUCUAUGGUGGUCGUCAAAGAUUACUAUGCAUUAAAGGAGAAUGAAAUCUGUGUCAACCAGGGUGAAGUGGUCCAAGUACUUGCCAUUAACCAGCAGAAUAUGUUCCUUGUGUACCAGCCUGCCAAUGACCACUCACCAGCAGCAGAAGGAUGGAUCCCAGGGAAUAUCUUGGCUCCCCUCACUAAAUCAACUACAGAUAGUAGCGACGGAAGCAUAAAGAAGUCAUGUUCAUGGCAUACCCUGCGCAUGAGAAAGCGGGCGGAAAAGGAAAGCAGUGGCAAAACGGAAGCCAAUGGCCUACGUAAACCCAAGGAUAUUCUGGGCAACAAAGUCUCUGUUAAAGAGACAAACAGUUCAGAAGAGUCAGAAUGUGAUGACCUUGACCCCAACACUAGCAUGGAGAUCAUCAACCCAAAUUUCAUCCAGGAAGUUGCUCCUGAGUUUCUCGUGCCUUUAGUGGACAUCACUUGCUUGCUUGGAGACACCGUAAUGUUGCAAUGCAAAAUCUGCGGGCGGCCCAAACCAACCAUCACCUGGAAAGGACCGGAUCAAAACAUGCUUGACAGUGACAAUAGCACUUCUGCAAUUACAGUUACCUCCUGUGAAUCAGGUGACAUUACUCUAAAGAUCUGCAACGUGAUGCCUCAGGACAGUGGCAUUUACACUUGUGUGGCCACAAAUGAACUUGGAACAGCAUCCACAUCAGCGACAGUCAAAGUACAAGGGGUUCCAGCUGCCCCAAAUCAGCCUAUUGCUCAGGAAAGAAGUUGCACUUCGGUGAUUCUCCGCUGGCUGCCUCCAUCCAGCACAGGCAACUGUACCAUCUCAGGCUACACAGUCGAGUACAGAGAAGAAGACUCCCAGAUCUGGCAGCAAUCUGUUGCCUCAACUUUGGACACCUACCUCGUUAUUGAAGACCUCACGCCUGGCUGUCAGUACCAGUUCCGGGUCAGCGCCAGCAAUCCCUGGGGAAUUAGCUUACCCAGUGAGGCCUCUGAAUUUGUGAAACUCCCAGAAUACGACUCUGCGGCGGAUGGUGCCACCAUUACUUGGAAAGAGAAUUUUGAUUUUGCUUAUACAGAGCUGAAUGAAAUUGGACGGGGCCGUUUUGCUGUCGUAAAGAAAUGUAUUCACAAAGCCACAAGGAAGGAUGUUGCGGUGAAGUUUGUCAAUAAAAAAAUGAAAAAGAAGGAACAGGCAGCCCAUGAAGCAGCCAUGUUGCAACACCUGCAACAUCCUCAGUAUAUCACCAUUCAUGACACUUAUGAGUCACCUUCUUCCUAUAUCUUAGUUUUAGAACUGAUGGAUGAUGGCCGUCUCCUGGAUUAUCUUAUGAAUCAUGACGAACUCAUGGAAGAAAAAAUAGCUUUUUAUAUAAGAGAUACGAUGGAAGCUUUACAAUACCUUCACAAUUGUCGAGUUGCUCAUCUGGAUAUAAAGCCAGAAAAUUUGCUGAUUGAUUUACGGAUCCCAGUGCCACGUGUUAAGUUAAUUGACCUUGAAGAUGCCCUUCAAAUCACAGGCCAUUACCACAUUCAUCACCUGCUUGGAAACCCUGAGUUUGCUGCUCCAGAAGUACUCCAAGGGGCUCCAGUGUCACUGGGCACAGAUAUCUGGAGUCUGGGAGUGCUCACCUACGUCAUGUUGAGUGGCGUUUCUCCCUUUCUGGAUGAAAGCAGGGAGGAGACAUGCAUCAACGUGUGCCGAGUGGAUUUCAGCUUUCCCAAUGAGUACUUUUGCGAUGUAAGCCAUGCUGCCAAAGAUUUCAUCAACGUAAUCCUUCAGGAAGACUUCCGAAGGAGACCUACUGCCGCCACUUGCUUGCAGCACCCAUGGCUGCAGUUUCAUAAUGGCAGCUAUUCCAAAGUACCUCUGGAUACCUCACGGCUGGCUGGUUUCAUCGAACGUCGCAAACACCAGUUUGAUGUGCGCCCCGUUCCCAACGUUAAGAGUUUCAUUGUGAGCAGAAUGAACCCAGGAACGUAACGCAAUACAACGGUUUCAGUGAUAGUGGAGUGCUACAGCGGGUGAAAAUGGAGAAAGCAGAUUCUCUGCAACUCUUCCUCUCUGUACAGAGUAUUACAUUUGAUGUGAUUGUUGAGGAAAGUGUGUGCCGUUUCAGCAGUUACAUCAUCUAAGUCAGUGGUUCUCAACCUUUCUAAUGCUGCGACCCCAUAAUACAGUUCCCCAUGUUGUGGUGACCCCCAACCACUUAUACAUCACCAGGUGCCAGGGGCGUGGCCAAAGAAAAGGGGGGGAAAUGGCAGACAGCCUUGUUUGGCGACCCCUGUGAAAUGGUCGUUCGACCCCAAAUGGGGUCCCGACCCACAGGUUGAGAACCACUGAUCUAAGUAGUUAGAAUUAGAUGCUUUCUCAGGUUGCCUCAGGUGCAACGUCUUGGGGAGAGGGGUUGUUGUGAUUACAUGGUCAUGUUCAAUAAGAUGGCAUCAGUCAAGAAUGGGAACCAAAAGACAGUUAUCUUAUUUCUGAAAGAUUUGACGGUCUUCAACCACCUGAAAGUUCUAGACAGCUUUGCUAAUUAUAUGAAUAGUUGAAUGGUAUAUCUGAAAAUCAAUCAAAAAUUGGAAAAAAACACAAAACCAGACGACUAUCUACAGUCAGCAUUUCUUAAAGAAACUGGGCUGGAUAAAUCUUGGGUUCUGUAAAAAUUGCUAUCCUUGUGUUAAUUAAGGAUCAGAGUUUUCCUAUAAGGCAGAUUUCAUUAAUCUUGAACUAGAAUUAAUCUUGUGGUAAGAGUGCUGUACUUGAGAUUCACAGUAACAGUUUUGCCAAUGAAAUGUAGAUACAUGGCAUUGAUCAAUAUUACAGCAGACCUUUGCCAAUAAGUUCCCUUGGGAUGCAACACAUUUUUUGUUCAAGAUUAACAUACUAUCAGCAGUGUGCUACUGAUAAGAUGGUAAAGUAAUUGAGUCAUCAAAAACAUUUAGAUGAAGCACAAAAAGGUGGUUUUUUUUAAAUUAAAAUUUUAUAGCUCUUGUACAGAAAACUUUUGUUGAGAAAAAAACUAUCUUAAAAUAAGUGCUGUAUCUGUAAACUAGAUGUCAAAGACUUUUUCUAUUUUAAGGAUGUUUAUUGAAUCCUCAUAUUCUCUGUAACAUGGAAAGGAUCUUAUUUCUCUUUCACUUAUAAAAGUUGCUCAGUUGUGAAAUCAAGCCAAAGUUGGCCAAAGUGUGGUAAACAUAGUGGGUCCAUCUUUAUGCUUAUGGCUCUGAAACUGGUCUUAGUACAUAAGGCUGAUAGUUUACUAUGACUGUAUGCAUUUAUCACCUUAGCUCCUUCUCUCAAAUAUGGUUUUUUUUUUUUUUUGUUUAAUCCCAAAGCAUAGUAUGAAGCAACUCAACAAGGACAUUAAAAGUCAUUGCAAUAUUGCAUUCUGAUUAGCCAAGCACCCAACAAUGUAACAGCCCUUUAACAACCAUUUCAAAUUAAGUGUUUUUGAAAUAAUAGUUCCAAGCUGAAGUAUUCUUUCAUUAGCUUUCUAAAACUAUUCCAACACGGAAUACCCCAAGAGUGUUUUAAUACAGCUAAUGAAUUAUUCAUGGCCUUGCCGUAUCUACAUUCUUUAGAAGUCAAAUCAGUCAAAACCGCCAUCUGUUUUUCUCUUUUUCCCACUUCCCCAACAAUUAAUGUCCUGCAUGCCUUGGGGUAGGCUGAUUUAUUUAGUAAUUAUCAGCAGAUAGGAUGGUUGUGACUUCUUACAUGCAGAGAUAAUGGGCUCCUGUUGCUGGAUCACAAAGUGCCAAUGAUUUGGGGCUAUCCUGUCACUACUUGUGAUAUAAAAUGCUCCCAAUACAAUACUUUCAAGGCCAAAUAUAUGGUUUGGCUAAAAGAUAAAAUAAAUCUCAUCGUCCUGGGAAAAGCAAGGAAUAAUGUAUGCUUUCAUCCCUUGGCAGGACAAUAGCGAUAACUAGGUUCCCAAAUGAAUACAUAUACCCCGUGAUAGGCUGACAUUUGGUAACUUUGUGUUCUGUCAGUGGUGCCAAGGGUGUUUCUCUCAGAGCCCACAAGACAGAGGUACCGUUGAACAACUGAAAGUUAGGAAAAAACAACUGGCAACAUUUCCUGCAAUUUUAUAAUGAAUACUGUGACAAGAAUUGUAGAAGACAAUUAAACUCAAUUCCUAAAGAAAAAGUGGGGCAAAGAUAACUAUAAUACAGAAUGAGAUGUCUUUUUUUUUUUUUUUGCAAAAAGCAUUGCUACUUUUCUCCUUGUUCUUUUCUAGAAGUGAUUAAGCAUCAGUAUUUCUUCUAGCUUAAAAGGAUUGGGCCUAAGGGUCAAGAAUACCCAAACUAUGAAGAACUCCAAAUCUGUAGCAUGUUAGAUUUAAUAGGUUGGAUUCAUUAUUUUUUUUUAUUCUACCAACAGGAUUAUUACUGAGCAAAGUUCUAUCUUGAAGAUUUCUGCUAUAGAAAGGUGUGACUCUGAAUGAUUCCAUAGUCUAUCUAAAAGCAAAGCUCCUAGUGCUGUUUCUGUAUUUUUCCAGGGGUUUCCUCAAUCUUCUGAAACAGGAUUUUUUUCAGGAGAGAUAUAGAACUGCUGGAAUUGGGAGGAAAUGGGAUAUUUUCUCCCCUACUCUUUUGAUUAAAACUCUUGGGUUCAAAGCCUCCUGUUUACUGAAGGAAUUUAUAAAUUCCAACAAAGACCUUAUCAUCCAUUUCAGACAUAAGAAUCUCAGUCUAUUAACUUUUUGGACCAAGAUCCUAGUGUGAUCCCAUUUUAUCUGUUUUAUUUUGUAGGGAGCCUACCUCAUUUUUUUAAAGACAUUAGGAAAUUAUAUGCCUUAA